AUGUCCCAGACAUGUCCCCUUGAUCUACCUGAGAUUCGCUCCAUAAUUGCCAGCAAUCUUGGCCUCAACGACCUCACGUCCUGUGUGCGUGUGAGCCAGGAUUGGAGGGACUCGUUUACACCACCACUUUACAAGUCCGUCGUAUUGUCGAAACAUGGUCCCAGCAUGGAAACUGUCGAGAGAAACAAGCACCUUAUAAAAACCCUGAAGGUCGAGGGCUCUAAAUAUGGAAACUUAUCGUCAACGUCUGUACAAAACAAUAUAGCCUCUAGCAUCCUGACCAACUCAACUCUGGCUGCAUUGGACUUGAGCGAAAACUCGCUCGGAAAGUACGGAACUCAGGUGCUGGCCGAGGCACUCAAGAUCAACUCGACUCUGACCACUUUGAACUUGUGGUACAGCUUGAUCAACGACAAUGGAGCUCAGGCGCUGGCUGAGGCACUCAAGAUCAAUUCGACUCUGACCACUUUGAACUUGAGGCUCAACCAGAUCGGAUCCAAUGGAGCUCAGGCGCUGUCUGAGGCACUCAAGACCAACUCGACUCUGACCACUUUGAACUUGAGCAGCAAUCAGAUCAGUGACUACGGAUCUCAGACGCUAGCUGAGGCACUCAAGAUCAACUCGACUCUAACCACUUUGGACUUGUCCAACAAUGCGAUCGGUGACAACGAAGCUCUGGCGCUGGCUGAGGGACUCAAGAUCAACUCGACUCUGACCACUUUGGACUUGGCCAACAACUCGAUCGGUGACAACGGGGUUCAUGCACUGGCUGAGGCGCUCAAGGUCAACUCGACUCUGACCACUUUGAACUUGUGUUACAGCUCGAUCAAUGAUAAGGGAGCUCAGGCGCUGUCUGAUGCGCUCAAGAUCAACUCGACUCUGACCACUUUGCACUUGUCCCGGAUCGGAGACAAUGAAGCUCAGGCGCUGGCUGAGGCACUCAAGAUUAACUCGACUCUGACCACUUUGAUCUUGAGACACAACCGGAUCGGAUCCAACGGAGCUCUGGCGCUGGCUGAGGGACUCAAGAUCAACUCGACUCUGACCACUUUGGACUUGGCCGACAACUCGAUCGGUGACAACGAAAUUCUGGCGCUAGCUGAGGCACUCAAGAUCAACUCGACUCUGACCACUUUGGACUUGUCCGACAACUCGAUCGGUGACAACGAAAUUCUGGCGCUAGCUGAGGCACUCAAGAUCAACUCGACUCUGGUCACUUUGAGCUUGGACAGCAACCGGAUCGGAUACGACGGAGCUCUGGCGCUAACUGAGGCACUCAAGGUCAACUCGACUCUGACCACUUUGAGCUUGUCCAACAACCGGAUUGGAUACGACGGAGCUGUGGCGCUAACUGAGGCACUCAAAGUCAACUCGACUCUGACCACUUUGAACUUGGACAGCAACCGGAUCAGAUACGACUAG